CUGCGGCUGGUAGCAUCCCCUUCCCCCACGUUCCAUACGGAAAAGCUCGGCUUCAUUGCUACUGCUCUGUAUAUCUCGGCGAACGAACCCGCGGCCGGCCGGGGUGCCGGAUCAAGAUCCGUUCUAAUAAACCCGCCCAUAAUUGCGGCGAAUUAUGCAGCAAUCGGGUAUGGGGUUGCCAAUAAAGACCAAGCAGUGGUACUGCGCCCGCCCAGAGAGGUACGUACGAGCACGAUCUUUUGCUGCUCGAGUUAACAUGGCAUGUUGCCACGGAACCUUCUCUGCGUCGCAGCAUCGUCCUGGUGCAUGAGAUGGAUGCGAGGCCUAUGUUAUGUUACGUGGAGGCAUCGCCACAUGACGGAGAGGUGCGCGGUCGGUUGCCAGAGAGAGACGAGAGAGAGAUCAGCUGCGCUGUGCUUGUUGCGAGAGGAGAGGGCCUGCCGCCAUUAAAGAAAGGGAGGAGGAGGAGAUGGCCUAGUCGUGGCCCCCCUCGACGCGGCUGUCUCUUGCGGGCGGCCACGAUCCCAACAGGGAGCGGGUCCAAACCGAGUCAUUUUCUCCCUCCAACCUCCACAGGAUCCGCGGCGAAAUUCUUUCUUCUUUCCUGUCCGCGGACAGGGCGAUGCUGCAAGUGCAACAGCCCACCAGCCGUUCUCCGGCCGCGUAUUUCUCCGCUCGAUCAUCCUAUUCCUAGCUGCUGCCCUGCCCGCGCGCGACAAUGCCGGCGUCGCCGCCCUCCCGGUCCCCGGAGAUCACCAGCGUUUGCUCUGACUCCGACUCCGAGGAGCCGUCGCCUGUGAUCACCAACAGCGGCGGCGGCGGCGGGUUCGUGGUGCAGCUGGUGUCGAGGGACGUCUUGGACGGGCUCCUGGGCAAGUUCGCGGACACCAGCGAGUUCGACUUCGACUACGGGAGGAGCGGGCUCUGGUCGCCGCUGGUGCUGCGGCCUGAGGUCCUGCUCCUCGCCCAGGCGUCGGCGUCGUCGGCCCGGCGCCGGCAGCGGCGGUGGCGGUGGCGGAAGCGGAGGAAGAUGCUCUGCCGCUGCUUCUGACGCGACGUUCGCUUUGGAUGCUUCGUCCGAGAAGCAACUGUAGUUCCUCCAUGGUUUGCUCUGCAGACCGCUGUACAUCCGCAUGUAGCAUACGAUGAUGAUCGAAGACCAACCAGUAGCAAGAGAGCAUGUAAAUACGUACGUGGUUACUCUGCACUGUGCACUGCUUUGUGGUUGGUGAUGAUCCCGGGAAGCACCCCAGGUGCGCUGUAAUUGCUACAGGAUUCUUCUGAUGAUUGUACUCUUGUGGUUGGUAAUGUUCCACGCGAUGUUUGUUCAUGUGCUCUA